CAGUAGUCUUGGGGCAACUGCUAGCUAGCUAACGUUACCUACAAUGUUCAUGUUACUUACAGGAAUGCGUCCCUAUCGUUGGAUGAAAAACCUACCGAUUUCAUGUUUCUUUUUGAGUACAUUGGUCUUCCUAGCAGUAGUACUAGUACCGAUCUUUCUUUGAAAGCAUGAAUCUAGUUAUUGGAAGCGUUGAGAGGCUACCGCUUCCUCUCAUACAUAACCUACACGCCAAAGGAGGACGCCAUUGAUGCCCUGAGAGUGGUAUUUAAGCGCAUAUGCGUGUUCCCCCUGUUCAGAGACGGUUCAAACAGAACAAAGAAGGCUCAGUCAGCUGUAAUAUUAAUAUUGGGUUUUUACUCAUGUGCAAUACCAAACCGAUCAAUUUAAUUGUUUGUAUUGAAAUGACUUUGUUUGCUCUCUGUAAUGCAAUCACCUGCGUUUAGUUUCAUUACACUUCUAUCACUUGAGUAAUUUCUCAUAUAACUGUUAUUGAACUUCAACAACACGAGACAUUGCGAAACACAGUAUUGUUAUUGACGCACAUAGAGCGCAAGGGUUGAAAAAUCGUAGAAGGGUUCAAUUGCGUUCCUGUAUGUGGGAAUUAAUGCACAAUCAUGUUGGAUGCCAGCAACGGAUUAACCUCGCCGGGGCGCAAACGGUGGAUAGCUAGCCAUACACCAGUACGUUAGACAGUGUCCUUUCGUCCCGCUUGUUGGGCACUGGUUUCCCCCAGUUCUGUUAACGACGGCAAAGGAAGCUUUUUAGUAGUCGGGAGCGAAGGACACUGGGUGCUAGUUUAACCAGCUGGAGUAUGAUGAAAGACUGCCCAUGCAGCAGGAACGCCCCGAAUUGCUGGCUGCAGUUUCACACUAUUGGAAUAUACCGAACUAUUCUAUUGAAUCUGAUGAACGGCAAGUCUUUCUCUGAGCUUCCUUCACCUGAAUACGUUCGCCUAUGGAAAACAAAUAUUACGGGGAAAUUAAGGAAAAUGAAAAAGAAAAACGGAACUACAAAGGAACCAUAUGACUAACACACAGCAUUCGCAUAGUUUUUCAUUAAUACAGCACUACACCUGCACACGGAGACUGAUAUGGACUUCCUCUGUUGACAACUUCCUCACUGGUGAGGGUCCGUAGGCUUCAAUGAGCAAUAGAGUUCACUGCAAACAGACGCAAGAAUGGAGUGAGCACAGUCAGACCUGACCCUAAGUUAUUACAAAGACUCAGAAACCAUUUUGGAGCAGUGAAUCAAACAAGAUGGAUUACAAAUAUGACAAUGCUGGAAUAGAACUCCUGCUGGCUCACAUGAACAUAGAGGACAUCAUCGACGUGGUGGAACAUCUCUACCACACCAAGGAAGAGGAAAAAGAGGCCAGGGCGUCGUUUGCGGAGGGUCUCUCUCAGGAGGAGAUGGACGAGAACGAGGAGACAGUGGAUGAUUCGUGGGGCGAAGUGACAGGAGGGUCCCAGGGGACACAGCAGGGGAACAGUGGUGGCAGGGUAAGGUACGGGACGGUGUCGGACUUGCUCUCUUUCGUCAACCAGAUCUCUAACAUGCAGCCAGAAGUAUUGCAGCACCUGCCGGAGGAGAUGGGUGUGUUACUGAACAAGAAACACAUGGGGCUGACGAAGGGUCACUAUCGCAUCGAUUCAGAUGUGUUUCUGUUUCCAUGGAAGUGGACCUAUAAGACUCCUGGCUCCGGCGGCCAUGUUCCAAAGGGCUCUUUUGGGAAAGUCCACUUGGCCCAGGAUGCCAUAACCAGGAAGAGAAUGGCAUGCAAACUGAUCCCCAUGGAACACUUCAAACCAGCCGAUGUGGAGAUCCAGGCACGGUUCCAUCAUGAGAACAUUGCAGAGCUCUAUGGUGCUCUCCUCUGGGACCAAAACAUCCACCUAUUCAUGGAAGCCGGCGAGGGAGGGUCGGUUCUGGAGAAACUGGACAGCUGUGGCCCCAUGAGGGAGUUUGAGAUAAUCUGGGUCACCAAGCAAGUCCUCCGGGGCUUGGAGUACCUACACUCUCACAAUGUCAUCCACCACGACAUCAAACCCAGCAACAUCGUCCUGAUGUCAGACAAAGCGGUUCUGGUAGAUUUUGGCCUGACGGUACAGAUGACAGAGAAAGUAUACACCCCUAGGGAUCUACGAGGCACAGAGAUGUAUAUGAGCCCGGAGGUGGUUCUUUGUCGAGGACACAACACCAAGACAGAUAUCUACAGCCUGGGCACCACCAUCAUCCAUAUGCAGACUGGCAGCCCACCCUGGGUCAGGAGAUACCCACGCACCGCCUACCCAUCCUACCUCUACAUAAUCCACAAGCAGGCCCCUCCCCUGGAGGACAUAGCGGAGGACUGCAGUGGUGUCAUGCGGUCCUUCCUAGAGACCGCCCUGGAGAGGAACCCUGCCAAGCGCAGCUCUGCAGCCAAGCUCCUGAGGGACGAGGCCAUCAACCCUCCCAGAGAGGAACAGCCACGCUGCUGGAGCCUGGACUCAGCCCUGGUGGAGGCCUCCCACCCUCUACUGAGGCAGCAUAGCCAGCAGCCUGACACCACACAGGAAUCCUCAUUGUACUCUGAGCCUGAGGAGUCUGCCCACCUGAGGAGAAAGGGAUCCCUGUACAUCAACUUGGGGGCAAUGGCUGGAUACUAUAAUCUAGUGAGAGGUCCCCCUGCCACAGAGUAUGGCUAACCCUGAGCCUAACCUCUGAAGGAAAUGUGUAUUUCCUUCAGAGGUAAAGAUAUCAGAGAUAACUGUUACCUUUCACCUAGCCUGGUACUGGUGAACUGUUAGGUCAGAGACUCUCAAGAAGUUGAGUUCGGGUCUCAAUGGUGAAGGUGUGACUGAUGCUUUUGGAAAGAGAUACCAGAAGGACAGAAAAUUGGAUAGAGACAGUAAAUAGCCUGCACUUCAAUGGCGCUGGACUCGUGUAAUGAAAUUGACCAAUGUCUGAAGAGUGGUUUCUGUAGCUGCCUUAAUUUGCCAUCUCUCAACAAUGCAGCGGCUCAUUGGAUGUAAGAGAUGUGUUACUCAGUAACACUGUGUUUCACUGGCUAACAGUGGAAUCAGUGACAUCUUGUGGGAUGUUCUGUAGAUACAUGAUAUACUGUAUAAGCAUCUUAUACAAGUUUGUUUCUUAAAGAAAUGCAUCUGAAUGGGUCUUGUGAUUGAGACGUCAUUCUAUUAUUUUGUGUCAAUAUGAAAACUAUGAUUUCUGUGUAUGUGUAUGUGUGGUUUGUACAAAUUGUACAAUUAUAUUGUUUUAAACGUGAAGUUCUUAAAAUUAACUUAUUUGUGUUUGUUCCUAAGGAAUAUGAGAAGUGAUUUUGAGAAUUGCUAUGCAAGUUACACCAUGUACAUGACUGAUUAAUUUGUUACUUUAUUUGUGUGAUCAUUGUUCUUUACCUGUUGGGUAUGCAGUUCUCUUUCAUAGUGAAUAAAAAUAUAAAUGCCACUUGCAA